AUGACAAAACAAAGUGAAAAGGUACACGGGCGGUCGGAAGGCGCGACCUGCGGGCCAGUAAUGGCGCAGGGUGGUGUCCAGGCGUUAGAAGCCAUGCUAUACGCCUUGGACUACGCCGCGGCCAAUGAUAUCGGGCCGCCUGGCGUCAAGAUAGGUGCGCUCGUGCUUGACGACUGCGACAACGACACUUAUGGACUAGAGAUGGCGUUAGACUUCAUUAAAGGCUCUAUCAGCAAUAUAGAGGAGGAGUACGCGUGCUCAACGCGUGGUGUACAGCGGCAAAUCAUUUCCGGUGUCGUGGGCGCCGCCUCCAGCGUCACAUCCGUUCAAGUCGCCAACCUGCUACGAUUGUUCAAGAUCCCCCAGGUCUCCUACUUCUCAACGUCACCAGAGCUGUCGAACAAAGCACGCUUCGAAUACUUCACUCGCACUAUACCUUCAGAUCUGCACCAAGUAAGAGCUAUGGUCGAGAUCGUCAAGAAGUUCGGAUGGCGAUAUGUAUCUAUCAUCUAUGAGGAGUCUAACUAUGGAAUUAAGGCGUUCGAAGAACUAGAAACCCUUCUAGCGCGAAACGAAAUUUGUAUUGCGGUGAAAGAACGACUAGUAAAAGAUUCCGGUGAAGCCACAGCCAGCGCUUAUGAUGCCAUAGUGGCGCGUCUGCUUUCACGACCUCGGGCGCGAGGAGUGAUAGUAUUCGGGUCAGACCAAGAGGUAGCAGGAGUGAUGCAGGCUGUGGUGCGGGCAGGUGCGGAGGGGGCAUUCGGCUGGGUCGGUUCUGAUGGCUGGUCGGCACGAGCUCUCGUCGCCACAGGUCGCGAGCGCGCGGUCGAAGGAACCAUCUCCGUGCAGCCACUGGCGCGGCCGGUCGAGGGCUUUCGAGAGUACUUCCUCAACCUGACUGUACACAACAACAAAAGGAAUCCCUGGUUUGUAGAAUUCUGGGAAGAGCAGUUUCAAUGCCGCUGGGAAGGCCCAGGGGCUGCCCGAACCCCUUACAACGCCCAUGCUCGCCGCUGUACAGGAAAAGAACAACUGACGAACGAGAACACAGAGCUAGAAGCUCAGCUCCAAUUUGUAGCUGACGCUGUAUUGGCGUUCACGCAUGCUUUACGAGAUAUGCAUGCGGUUGAGUGCGGAGCCGCUCCAGGGUUGUGCUCAGCAAUGAAACCUCCUCAAGGCCCUCUCCUUCUACGGUACCUGAGGAAUGUGCGGUUCACUGGGCUGAGCCGCGAAGAGUUCCACUUCGACAAUAAUGGUGAUGGCCCUGCGCGAUACAAUAUCAUGCAUUUCAAGCAGGUGGAACCGGGAAUAUUUCGCUGGCUAAGGGUCGGACGGUACCUGGAUGGCGAGCUUGAACUCGAAAUGGACGAAAUCCAGUUCAAAUUGGAAUCACCUCGGCCCCCCGAGUCCGUGUGCAGCGCUGAGUGCGAGCUAGGACAGGCCAAGCAGUACGUAGAGGGAGAGAGCUGCUGCUGGCACUGCUUCAACUGCACGCAGUACGAGAUUCGCGCUCCCGAGUCAGAGACAGCGUGCCGCGAGUGUCCACGUGGAACGCUACCCGACGAGACGCGCACGCACUGCGCCCUGCUUCCCGCACACUAUCUUCGCCCCGCCUCGCCCGCAGCACGGGGUGCAAUGGCGUUCUCCGCGCUAGGCAUCCUCUUCACCGUGUUUGUCAUCGGCGUAUGGAUAUGGCGUGGAGAUACUCCCGUGGUCCGCGCCAGUGGGCGCGAGUUGAGCUACGUACUUCUCGGUGGUAUCCUGAUGUGCUACCUCGUCACAUUCGCACUCGUUCUCCGGCCUACGGAUGCCUUGUGUGCUGUGCAACGAUUUGGCACCGGGCUGUGUUUUACGAUAGUCUACGCAGCACUUUUAACGAAAACCAAUCGAAUCGCACGUAUAUUCGCGGCGGGUGAGCGAUCAGCGCGGCGGCCUGCUUUCAUAUCACCGCGCUCGCAGCUUGGCGUGUGUGCAUUACUCGUUGGUGUUCAGGUUGUCAUAGUGGGAGUAUGGCAAGCUGCGGCACCCGCGCGGGCGGUCAGACAUUUACCCUCACGCGAGACAGCAGUACUCGUCUGUGACGCAUACGUCGAUGCGUCAUAUACACUAGCGUUCAGCUACCCUGCUGCACUCAUCGCAACCUGCACAGUCUACGCUGUGCUGACACGCAAGAUCCCUGAAGCAUUCAAUGAAAGCAAGCAUAUCGGUUUUACGAUGUACACGACCUGCGUGAUCUGGCUCGCCUUUGUGCCGCUAUACUUCGGCACGGCAAGCCACGUGGCGCUGCGAGUCACGACAAUUGCCGUCACCAUCUCUCUCAGUGCGUCCGUCACGCUUGCCUGUCUGUUCGCUCCUAAGGUGUACAUAAUCCUGUUCCGACCGGAGCGCAACGUCAGAGGUUGUCUGAUGCCGGGCCGCUGGCGCGCGGCAGGAGGCGGGGCGGCCGGCGGCGCCGUCUGCGCCGCUCUCGUGGGCGCCGCCGCGCCGCUGCCGCCGCGCGCGCCUUUGACGGCCACGCCGUCGACUGAUCGCUCCACGCUUAACGACGAUCGCACAUCGAGCUCGUGUUUCGACCGCCAAGUGCAGACGGAUCCGUCAGACUUCCCCUCAGUCCCCGCUGCCCCGCCGGCCGCACCCCCCGCCGCCGCCGCCGAGCUUCAGCUCGACGCCCGCGCGCUGCGGGGGGGCCUUCCCCCCUUCCCGCUUCAGGAGCCCCCGGUGCCGAACGGACCGCGAGCGCCCGCGCUCGCUGAGAAACGGUUAUAGCACAAGGCAAAUAACAUACAAGUGCGCUCCAAGCGUAUCCCAGUGCUCGUGUGACGUCGAAUAAAUUGCAACAAUUUGACAUAA